AUGCUAAGACAACUACAACUCUGCUGGAGCGGUCAUCUAGUAUGGGUAGACGAUGCGAAGCUACCCAAACAACUCUUCUAUGGAAUUGUCGCAAAGGGUUUACUCCGACAAGGUGGUCAAGUCCGGCGCUACAAUGAUACUCUGAAAAUCUCCCUGAAGCACCUACGGAUCAACCCGAAAAACUGGGAAGACUUUGUCUGGGACCGACCUACGUGGCGGAGGACUGUGAAGACUGGCGUAGCAAUCUUCGAAGCCAACCGAAUCAUCACCGCCAAAGCCAAACGCGAGACAAACAAGUCUCAGCUACCGCCGUCGCCUCACAACUCCACCACCCAACCACCUCCAACGUGCCCACGAUGUCAACGGACGUUUCAAGCGCCAAUGCGACUUGCUGGACACCUCCGGACCAACUGCAACACUCGAACUGCACCAACUUUCGUCUCUCCGUCCACCUCAACCUUGCCUCCCACGCCGUCGACUAACGUUGACCGCCCUCCCGAACGACUACGACGACGACGACGACGACGACGACGACGACGACGACGACGACGACGACGACGACCACCACCACCACCACCACCACCACCACCACAACCACCACCACCACCACCUCAUCGUCCUCCUCUUCUUCUUCUUCCUCUACCGUCUCAACGUCUGCCGCUGUGGUGUCUGCCAUGCCCACCAACCCUACACACAAUCAUCACACACCAAAUAACACUAACACCGCCACCGUCAAUGGCAGUGACGAGGAUCAGGUCCACAUUGCGAUCGCACUUUCACCUCACACAUCGGCCUGGUCGGCCGCUUGCAAAUCCAUCAACUGCCUCCGGUCUUCUCGACUCUGUCUUGACACGGGGUCCAGUUGGGGAGUAG